AUGGCGGCCUCGUUCUGUCCCGAGAUCCGUCCUCCGUCGCAGCGCGGCUCCACUGAGUUGCAGAGCUCCUCUUCCCACUCUCCCCGCUCCUCUUCUAUUUCGUCUUCUCUCUCUUUUUCUUCUCCUUCUUCUUCCCCUUCAUUUGCAUCGACCGCCUUUCCGCAGCCUCCCGACGAUCGCGGCAUCUCCAUUUCACGAGGGCGCGGAAAAAACAAGCGCAUAGGGGCGCAAGAAGCCGAAGGGAGGAAAGGACAGAAUCGCCCCGCCGGUUCUCCUCGUUCCCCCGUUGCGACCUUGGAGAGUGGCAUGUCUUUCUCCCAGAGCUCCCCGUCAGACUCCACGGCGCCUGCGGCCAGCGAAGGUGAAGACGGGAAGGCGAAGCAGACUAGCAGACGACGAAAGACGCACAGUCGGUCCUCUCCCAUCAUCUUUCCCGUUCCCGUUUCCCCCCCAGGUUCUUUGUCUGCGGCGUCUUCAGGUUUCAACUGCACGCACGAACGCCCUUGGGGGCGCGAGACAUGCAGCCCCGCCGCAACCCCCUGCGUGUCCCUCGUUGAUCGCUUGCUUUCCAAAUCCAGCCAGGAAAUCCUCCUCUCUGUCCCCGGAUACUACGCCCUUUGCGUUGCCAACAAAACGGAUAGUUCCUGGGACGGUCUCUUUAUGGGCUUGGCGCAGAUGCGCAUAGUCUGCGAAUAUUCCCUUUCGCCGCCGACGUUUUUGAAGGCUUCUUUUUCGCCUUUUAUGGAAGACGUGCUGUCGGCUGGAAGUCGAAGAGAUCCGCGGAAGUGCCCGGAUCAAACUCGGGUCUCCAGAAGGCAAGACGCGAGUCUCCUGAUGCGCCACAGCCAGGUGUCUUCGCCUCCCGUGACAACCAUAAGGAGCUUCAUGCUGACUCUCGACAGCAGCGGAGUGUUGACGUAUACUUCGCUGCUGAUCCUGCGGCGCCUGGAGCAGGAAGUGCAGUUUCACCUCGGCGACGAGACGGUUCAUCUGGCGUCCUGCUUCGACCUCGUCGCUGGAAGUGGAUUCGGGGGCCUUGUCGCUCUCGGUCUUCUUCGGGGGCUGACGCCGUCGCAGAUGUUGACGGCGUGGACAGGCGCGGAAGACGACGAUGCAUGUGGCGAGGAGCCGGGCGAUUUCCUGCAAACGCUUCUGCGCGAAGGUUGCAUGCGCAGCCGAGUUCAGCAGCUUCUUGUGGAGCAUCUCGGCGAGCAGUUCCUCAAUACGUUUUCGAGUCCACCCUACUGCUUGGUGACGGCGGCAGACGUCCUGAAGCAUCCCCAUGAGGUCUUCGUCCUGCGAAGCUACGAGCACAUGCAUCCGGCUGUGCACGCGCACGCCUACCGAGGCACGGCGCAUGUGCCUCUGUGGAUAGCCGGCUGGGCGACUUGCGCAGAUGGUGCUCAGAUAAAAGCAAUGUCCAAAAAUGACUUUUCUCUGCUGGGAUAUCGACUUGAGCCAGCGGUCCAGCUGCAACAGAAAACGCCAUCAACGAGCAACCCCACCCUCCUAGCCCUCGAGGAGAUGUCACGUCUGUCAGGCAAAUCACUAAGUAGUUUCAUUCAGGAAAAUCUGCAGCUUCUGGUUUCAAUCGGGACGGGGAAGGGUGCUGAUGGAUCCGACUCAUUCUUCCGAGGUGACGGAAGUCGUCUGCAUCGUGGAGACAAGCGUGGUGAUAUCGCGCACGCGUGGUCCAAGCGGAAUCACAUUCACCGCGAAGUUCUGCAUUGGCUGUCUGAUACUCAGAACAUGUACUACAGGCUAAACCCGCCUCACCUGGCCCACUGCAACCCACAGUUUAUGGACAGCCGGCAACGUGAAUAUGUCCGCGCGGCGACGGAGAGUUAUUUGGUGGACGACAAAUUCUUUGAUGUGAAAGUGAUGUCGCGUCUCCUCGCGUAUCGAGUUCUCGCUCUCAGAGAAAAGGGCCGGGACGCUGCAGCAGCGCGUCCGCGCUGCACUCCACCUUGGGCCGGGGGGCCAACUGCGAAGGUCUUUCCGAUUGCACAUGUCGCUCGUUCACAGUCGUGA